GAGGAGGAGGAGGAGGAGAAGGAGAAAGAGUUGGUGGUGAGAUCGAUGAAGUGGCAGGCAGAGGGAGGAGGAAAAUCUCACGAGAUAAUGAAAGAAAAAGAGGAGAGCUGCUAGUGUAGAGCAAAGAAACGAGGCUAGACCCGGAGAUUUUUUUUGGAGUGGAAAGCAAAGACUAAGAAACGGAAAACGAGAGAGAUUGGUCUGUAAACCGCAGAUGGUUUUUGCACUCUGGUGUUGGUGAAUAUAGCACCCCGGGGCGCAGCGGACCAAUUGUGUGAAUCUGCAGGGCUGCUCGGCGACACAAUCGAAACAUGCACAGGACGGACAACAGCCGCGGACGCGCUCUGAGAAGUGGAUAAUAAAGGCACAAAAGCAAGGCUUCUGCCGAGGAACACAGCUGAGUACCAAAGAGACAAGAGAGCAGAGUGCUGAUGCACAAGUGAGAAUAAAACCACACUUUAAGCUCCUGAUGCUUUUGCAAACUCGUUUUCUGGGAGUUUGAGGGAGUUUGAAGACAGUACUUAACGUUAUCAGAUAAUUAAUUAGACACCCCAUAAGCCCGGAAAUCAAUUAAUUCACAAAUCAAUAAAUCCAUAGUCUGGUGCAACAAGAGACCUUCCAGACUGUUAGCCUGGCUGUUGAACAACAAUAACAAGAGAAGAGCAACAACACACAGGGGCAAGAAAUACAAAUUUAUUUGCUGAAAUUAAAGAUGGAUGGGAGUCUAGGGGAAAUGUCCCUCCACAGCCACCCUGAUCUGGCUCACAGCCAGGACGGCAGGGCCAUGCUGCACUCCCGGGACCUUUCAGCUGCUUUCCCCAGGCCUUCCCUUGGGGGCCCCUCCAUGUCUCUUGAGCCCGAGCCCCGUCCACCGGGCUUCGACCACUCCAUGUCUGCACUGGGCUACAGUGGUGACUCCCCAUCCAGCUCCGGCAGCACCUACACCACCCUGACUCCCCUGCAGCCCUUUGACGACAAGUUCCAUCACCACCACCAUCACCACCCCUGCCUCCCUGUCAGCAAUGUCAUCGGCAGCUUCACCCUCAUGCGUGAGGACCGGGCACACCUCAGCACCAACUUCUACAACCCCUAUGGCAAGGACCUCGCCAUGUCCCAAAGCCUGUCGCCACCCUCCACGGGUUCUGGCCUGGGCUCCUCCAUGCACGGCUAUGGGAGCUUGGGCAACAGCCCCAAUGGCAAUGGUGGUCAGAUGCUCCACGGUGGCUACGAUGUCCAUGGGGGGAGCCUCUUCUGCCGGACAUCAGAUUUUGGCCGUGAGAUGUCACCACCAGGCCUAGGAGGAGGGGAUGUGUCGGUGGGGCAUCAGCUGAACAAAAUGGAGGCUCACCAGCACGCCCCCAGCCAUCACCAUCACAUCUACAGCCAGCACUACCAGCCCCACCAUCACCCGAGCCAGCAGGCCUCCAAGAUGGGCGAGCACCUGCACUCCUCAUCGUCCGCCUCAUCCUCGCCCGGUGAGGGCAUGCUGCCAGGCAGCGGAGGCGGCGCCGGGGAGGAGAUCAACACCAGGGAUGUGGCCCAGAGGAUCAUCACAGAGCUGAAGAGGUACAGCAUCCCCCAGGCCAUCUUCGCUGAGAGGGUUCUGUGUAGGUCACAGGGCACGCUGUCUGACCUUCUGAGGAACCCCAAGCCCUGGGGCAAGCUCAAGUCUGGCCGCGAGACCUUUAAGAGGAUGUCCCGCUGGCUCCAGGAGCCAGAGUUUCAAAGAAUGGCCUCGCUCCGGCUGGAGGCUUGCAAGCGGAAGGAGCAGGAGCAGAGCAAGCUUGAGCGUAACCAGGGCCCAAAGCGCACCAGGCUGGUGUUCACGGACCUGCAGCGGCGCACGCUCCUGGCCAUCUUCAGGGAGAACCACCGCCCGACCAAAGAGCUGCAGAUCACCAUAUCCCAGCAGCUGGGCCUGGAGCUCUCCACUGUCAGUAAUUUCUUCAUGAAUGCCCGCCGACGCAACGUCAACAAGUGGGCAGAUGAGGGCCGUCCCUCCUCCACGGGUUCCUCAGGCUCCAGCGUUUCCUCCUCUGCAGUGUCCUGCAGCACCGCAUGAUGACGGACCGCCAAGGAGGUGUGGUGGGAAGGGCACUGAGGGAGCAAGGGGGCACAUAGACUGGUCUAGGCAGAGAUCGGCCGUAAUAAAUGUCCUCCUCGUUAUCAGAAGGAGCGAUGGAGCCAGCUAUUAUAGAUGAUUUAAUGAAGAUGAAGCAUUUUCCCAAACCAAAGUUGACCGCUCCCUUGAAGUAGAAGGGGGCGAUACCCAGAGUGAUAUGAUCGCAGGAUGUGAGGUCCGGCUUGUAUAGUCAAGGGUGCAAAGAUAUUUUGACUCAAAGAAGAGUCACACCCUUACAUAGACACCAUUUCAUUGCUUUAUUUUGAUUAUCUAGAUUAGAGAUAAUGAGGGUAUUACAAAUCAGGAGAAAGCAUAUUUUGGUGUACCUUCAAAUUUAUAGUCAUCUCUCCAAAUGUGAAAAAUCAAGAGGUGCCGUUUGCUCACAUCUGGAGAGCUCCAUUGUGUAACUUCUUAAUCAAGUGUUCACCAUCAUCCAAAGACGUUAAUCCUCCCCCAGUGUUCUCAUAGUCCUGUUUUUCCUCAAGAAUCAAGGUGAAAGAGGAAGAAAAGGCAUUUUUUAACUUCUCAUUUUUUUCUGAAGAACCAAAUUUCCUUUCUGAGCAUGUGUUUCCAUGGUGAUGGUUCCCAGGACUGUAUGGCGUUGCUCCAAGUUUGGAGCCUGGAAUUAUCAGGAGGUUUUUGUAGCGUCCUCGACUCCCAGCUGUCAAUCAUUUACCAUCAACAGGAGCCUUUCCUAUGUUUUGUGAAGAUGGUCCCGCCUUGAGUGAAUCAGAGUUUUCAAGGGGGAACCACAGUGCAUCUCACCAUACGCCAGGACAGAAUCAAUAAAUACAAGUACGACGCAGAAACAGACUUGUUGGUACAACUGUCUAGCUUUAAGACUCUCACCGACUUUCCAAAUGAAAGCUCCACAGCCAUUUUUGACUCAAAAUCAAGCCAAAAAAAAUUAAAAAAUUAAAAACAAACCUUUGAACAAAGGCUCUAUGGGGAAGAGAUACACCUGACACAAUGUAUAGUGACAUUGUAGUAUUUUUUUCCACUCAUUACCAAACAACUGUACACACCUCUACUCCAUUACGAAAUCUUUUUUUUACAGAUGUCUAGAAAAUGGAGGAAUGUGAUUCUUUCAGCCCUUUUUGUACAGAUUUCAAGCACAUCGCUCUAUUUAUAGAAACACGUUGGAAGUGCGGGGCAGUUUGUUUCAGCCCUGCUGACG